AUGGUCGCCUUGGAUAGCAUAGUAGAGGAUCGUGGAUUCAUCAAGUACAGCAAAAUUGUGGAUGCCAGCUUCAUUGGCAACAAGAAAGCUAUUGGAUGCCACGAACCAUUCAGCUCAAAUAUUGCGAAUACUUUGCAAGAAGUUUUAAAUUCUUGGGGUUUGUUUGACAAAACUGAGUGUAUUGUCACGGACAAUGCCAGCUCCAUGAUCGAAGCUUGCGAGCUGUUAAAAAUUCGUAACAUUCCCUGCUUUGCUCACACGUUAAAUUUGGUUGUUCAAGACGGUCUAAAUUUCGACGAUGACGAAAAAACAAUGGCAAUAAUUUCAAAUUGUAAAGCAAUUGUAAAAUUUUUCAAAAAAAACACUAUUGCUAAUGAAAAGUUUAAGAUGGCGCAAGAAAAGUUUGGGUAUUCACUUUUACAAGAAACUCCAACUAGAUGGAAUAGUUUCUUUUAUAUGAUUCAACGAAUACUGGCGACCCAUGAUGAAAUUGCAGUAGUACUAUUGUCUACAUCCAAUGCACCACUCCCAUUUCAAGCGGAGGAAAUUGAUGUUUUGAAGGACUUGGAAAAAAUUCUUACAGUAUUUGAAGAAGUUAGCAAAAGAAUAUCUGGUGGGAAAUAUGCUACGAUUUCGCUUAUAAUUCCCUUGACAGAUGUACUUAUUCGUAAAACGCAUACUAUUUCUUCGGAUGUGCACACUGAAGUUGGACAAAAAAUGGUCACUGUUUUAUUAGAUUCAAUCGUAAAACGUUUAUCGCCAUAUGAAAAAAAAACUGCGACGAGAAUGGCGACAAUUUUAGAUCCCCGAUUUAAAAAGAUUGGGUUUCAACAUAUGUCAAAUGCCGAACAAGCUGCACAUUGUUUCGAAAACGAGUUGACGGCUUUAAUGAACAAAGAUAGUUCAAAUGACACAAAUGUGGAACCCAUCUCAACAAAUAAGGACCCGCUUUUCGACUACAUUGGGAACAAAGCCCGUUCCAUGGCUAGAAACACGCGAUCGGAUGCUAUCAUUGCGAAGAGGCAGUAUUUGGAAAGGCCCUUAAGCCAACAAGAUGUUGAUCCCCUAUUAUGGAUGAAAGUUAACCAGACGGACUUUCCUGCAAUAAAAACGUUGAUGUUAAAAUACUUUUGCAUUCCGGCCACUUCUGUCCAGUCAGAGCGGGUAUUCAGCAAGGCAGGGCAAAUAGUAUCAGACCGCAGAACACGUCUAAAGGAGGAGAAUGUGAACAUUUGUUAUUUUUAG